GCGCCUGCCAACGUAAUCAGCACGCCAACCGAGCCUCGUGUAAGCCGCUAAUGCUCGUUAUAGCAUACCGGAAUCUCUACGCGACGCUGACAGUGUCACUCGUUCAUGUUGUGCAGCGGAAAAGUCGUCUUUGUUGCUGCAUGGCUCAGGGAACCGGCAUAAUCGAACGGAGACAAGAUGCUGACUGACACCUAGAAUGGCACCUUGUUGCAUGCAUGCGAUUUGCAGCAAUGGCCCGGGUUUCCCAUACUCGUCGCUCUGGUAUAAAGAAGGCUCGUCUUCCUCGCCCCAAUCACCCUGAAGCUACCUCUCACUUCUACCACGCAUCUGUAUAAAUAAAAAAUCCUCCUUCAUCAUGACUGCCUCUUCAAAAUACGAGCUCGUCACUCUCGACUUCAAUGAGUUUCUUAACGGUGAUGCUAUUGCACAGCGCAAGUUCUCUGUCAAGUUGGUGGAGUGCUUCAGCAACCUGGGCUUUGUAAAGCUCAUCAACCACGGCCUUACCGAUCAACAACUCAUCGACAUCUUCGACUGGAACAAGCGAUUCUUUGGCAUGCCUCUUGAGGCAAAGAACGUUGCUGCCCACCCUCCUGAGCCCAACCCUCACCGCGGCUACAGCUACGUCGGCCAGGAGAAGCUUUCCAGAGUCAAGGAUUUCGAAAAGGGUAGCCGCGAGCUGACUGAAGUUUUUGACGUCAAGGAAUCUCUCGACAUCGGACCCGUCAAGGACGACUUGUACCCCAACCGCUGGCCCAACGAGGCCGAUAUUCCUGGAUUCCGUCAAUCCAUGGAGUCCUUCUAUGAGAGCUGCCACAGCGUCCACCAGGACAUCCUCAGAGCCCUCGCCAUCGGUCUUGAUCUUGAGCCCAACUUCCUCCUCAACCUCUGCAACAACAACACUUCCGAGCUGCGCCUGAACCACUACCCCGGCGGCGAGACUUCCAAGAUCCGUGAGGGAGCCAAGCGAAUUUCCGAACACACCGACUUCGGUACCAUCACACUACUCUUCCAGGAUAACGCGGGCGGUCUGGAGAUUGAGGCUCAGGACGACCCUGGACGAUACUUCCCCAUCCCCCCUCAAAACUUCAACGAGAUGAUCAUCAACAUUGGCGACUGCCUGGCGCGCUGGACCAACGACAAGUUCCGAUCGGCCAGCCAUCGCGUCGUCUUCCCCGAGAACCUACCUGAGUGGUUGGAUGACCGCUACUCUGUUGCAUACUUUGGCAAGCCCAACCGCACACAACCCGUCGGCACACUGUCGCAAUUCACACCCGCUAACGAAGCACCCAAGUACAAGGACUUGAGCGCUUGGGAGUACAACCAGCAGAAGCUGCUGUUGACCUAUUAGAAGCAUAUAUCCCUCCUACUCUGUAUAUUUUCCCAUUUCAUGCCAGCCACGCAAUUCAAGUACAAUAGAUUUAAAUACAAUUAGAAAUUUCAUUUAUGAUUAUUCUGCAA